UCAGACGCCUGCUCCCUCACGUCAAUCUUACUCCUCCCUCCAUUCUUCGCCACACACACGUACCACCUUGUAUUUCCCACUGCAGGGAGGAGUGCCGGCCGCUGCUCCCUGGCUAGUCCCUCCUCUCUCAAACCCAAGCAACAUGAGCAGGAGGAUACACCCUUCAGGCGCCGGCCGCGGCCACCGUGCUCGUCACGCGGCGCCCGUGCCGGCGGCAGAUCGCCCGGCGGUGUACACGGUGUGGAAGAGGUCCAGCAUGGGCUUCCAGGGGACCGACGGCUUCUGCGUGUACGACAACGCAGGCAGGCUGGCGUUCCGCGUCGACAACUACUCCCGGCGGCGAAAGCUCUGCGCCGGCGAGCUGCUGCUCAUGCAUGGCGACGGCACGCCGCUCCUUUCCCUCAGGCCACAGCUUCUUAGCCUACACGACCGAUGGAACUGCUACGCAGCAACAGAAGAAGGCCUCGACAAGAAGCAGUCUCGCAUGUCACAACAGCAACUCUUCACGAUGCGCAAAUGCUCAGCUCUGCAGAGCAGCGACGAGGCAGAGGUCUACAUGGCAACAGCAGCAGGUGCUACUGCCGCACCAGGCCAUAGCUGCCAGCGCCUGCAUGCAGCUCCCAUCUUCCGAAUCGAAGGCUCCUUCUCGAGGAGAAGCUGCAAGAUCCGUCGUGGAAGCGACGGCAAGAAGGCGGCGUGGAUGUCGAGGAAGAACGCCGGCGUAGCGUCCAGGCCGGUCACGGCGCUCGGUGACGACGUGUUCAGCCUCGUCGUCCGGCCGGGCGUCGACGUGGCGACGAUCAUGGCUAUCAUCGUUGUCAUGGACAGGAUUUGUCACAGACCGUACACGCCAAUGGGGUGUUCUUCACAGUAGCAGUACAGCUCAGUGGGAUAGAGGACAGUGUAAACCGUAGCAGUAGAAGUAGCAGAGAUGCAACGACGGCAAAUGGUAACCCAUUUUGUGU